AUGAAGUUAGACACUAUCUUUGCCUUUACCUUAGUUUAUAUUUUGCUGCUUAUAACCUCACCAGAGUUUCCCAGUGCUGCUGGAGACGAUGUUGGUAGCGUUAUCAGUGCAUCUCUAUUCGAAGAAUUGCUGAAACACCGAAACGAUCAACUUUGUGAGGGUAAAGGGUUCUACAGCUACAAUGCUUUUGUCACAGCAGCUAGUUCCUUUGGUGCAUUUGGCACCACAGGUGAUUUCAACACUCGUAAGAGGGAGGUUGUAGCUUUCCUAGCCCAAUCCUCUCACGAGACCACAGGAGGAGGAGGUGGUUCCCCCCCAGAUGGGCCAUAUGCUUGGGGUUAUUGCUUUGUUACAGAAAGAGAUAAGUCCAAACAAUACUGUGAUGGCGUAGGACCAUGUGCCCUAGGGAAGUCAUAUUAUGGCAGAGGACCCCUUCAGUUGACACACAACUACAACUAUGCUCUAGCUGGAAAUGGCUUACAAUUGGACUUGAUAAACAAUCCAGACUUGGUAGCCCAAAACCCAGUGGUGUCAUUCAAGGCAGCUAUAUGGUUCUGGAUGACCCCACAGGGUAAUAAGCCCUCCUGCCAUGACGUCAUCACUAACAGGUGGACCCCAUCUUCUGCUGACAUUGCAGCUAAUAGAGUUCCAGGUUAUGGUGUGAUUACCAACAUCAUCAAUGGUGGAGUUGAAUGUGGGAAUGGUCCCACUUCAAGCUCAAAUGACAGGAUUGGGUUUUAUAAAAGGUACUGUGACGUUCUGGGGCUCCCUUCUGGUUCCAACUUGGAUUGUAGUAACCAAAGGCCCUUUGGCCCAUAA